AUGGAUAACAACGGCGGUGCUCCCAACACCGGAGCAGCUGAAGCAGCAUCAGCCGAGGAGGUGCUGCCGGUGGUGGAGGUCCGGGAGCAGGACCGGCUGAUGCCGAUCGCGAACGUGACCCGCAUCAUGCGGCGCGUGCUUCCUCCCCAUGCCAAGAUCUCCGACAACGCCAAGGAGCUGAUCCAGGAGAGCACGUCCGAGUUCAUCAGCUUCCUCACGGGCGAGGCCAAUGAGCGGUGCCUGAAAAACCGCCGCAAGAUCCUCACCGCCGAGGACAUCCUCUGGGCCAUGGACAAUCUCGGCUUCGACGACUACGUCCAGCCCUUCACGGCCUACCUGCAGCGCAUGCGCGACAUCGAGAACAACAACGGCGUCUGCGUCGUCAACAAUCCUCUUGCCGCUGCCGCCGGGCCAAGGGCGCCGGCGCCGGUGCUGCCGCUCGUGCCUGUGUCUGUUGCCGCGGCAGCCCAGGGGCUGAUGCAGAUGCAGCGUGGUGCCAUGUACGCGCCGCGGCCACCAGCCCCGGUGCAGCAGCAGGGGUAUGCCAUCGGCGCCAUGCCAUUGCAGGUCCGCGCGCCGGCGCCGGUCGUAGGCGGCCAACAGGGGAGCGUCUUGGGUGGAAAGCGCCCCGUUGGGGACGGGGAAGGCAGCAGCCGCGGAGAUGUUGGGGACGAGGCAAGCUAG